AUGAUAAAAGAUGGCUAUCAAUGGAGAAAGUAUGGGCAGAAAGUUACCAAAAAUAAUGCUUCUCCUAGAGCUUACUUUAGGUGCUCCAUGGCUCCUAGAUGCCCAGCAAAAAAGAAGGUCCAAAAAUGCUUACAUGAUAAAUCAAUCAUUCUUGCAACUUAUGAUGGAGAACACAAUCAUGGUGUCUCUAAUGACUCGUUCAAACCAUCUUCAUCGAUGACACUCAGUGAUUCAUCAAUACCUAAUAUCAAGAUUGAAGAAUAUGCAAGUUCGCUAAUCAAAGAUCCCAACUUUACUGCGGUAUUAGCUAACGCAGUUGCAAAAACUAUCACAGGUCAACAGCAUAAGCGACAAGGUCUAAAUCUCAAUUUGAAUCUUACUGACGAAUGA